CUAUAGGUGGUAUGGUAUUCUUGAGCGAGCAAUUCAUUUUUAAACCGAACCAUUAUUUCGCACAUUGAAGGCCAAAUUAUGACUAUAUAAACUGGGGUAAAAGGAUCAGGUCUUCAGACUCUUCAGAUCUUCACACAAUCAUGAACGCUUUGUUUGUAGCCGUUUUUGCCGCCUUGGCCGCCGCCACUAGCGCUGGAGUCAUCGGCCAUGGGCAUGGGGCUAUUGUGGCCGGACCCUCCGGAGUGGUGACUCCAUACGGACCCAUCGGGCCUGCUGGCCAUGGCCAUGGGCUUGGAUUGGGCUUGGGGCUGGGAUACGGACAUGGGGCCGUCGUCGCCGGGCCUGUGGCCCACACCGCCGUGGUUGCCGGGCCUGCCCUAGGUCUCGGUUACGGUCUGGGUUAUGGGGGUUUGGGUUAUGGACAUGGGUUGGUUGGGUAUGGUGCCCAUGGGGUCGCCGUCAAGGGCCCUGCCACCGUCCCAGCUGUCAUUGCCGGACCUUCUGGUAAAAUCGUAGCCGAUGGCUUGUACGGAGUGCCGCACUAUGGACACUACGGCCACCAUUGGUAAAAUAAAUGGUACAAAAAAGGAUCCCACGGUCAGUGACUACAUGCGCUUAUGACCACUUGUGUGUACUUUGUAAAUGCUUAUUUAUAUGUUCUAAUAGUACGUGAUGAUAAUAAAUAAUUAUUGAAUCUGA